AUGAAAUAAGUACUUUUAAUUCUCUGUCUCAUUUCAAUUAUUAUUGUUUUCACUAAUGGUGUUCAAUAGACAAAUUUAAAAGACCUAAAGAAGAGGAAUAAUUAAAUGACAAGGAAAAAUUAAAACAAAUAAUCUUCAUAAACAAAUACUAAACCUAUGUGGACUAAAUUUAAAAAUAAAGAUAAAACUUCAAGAAAAAAUCUUAAGGAAACUCAAUUAUAGAUUUUAAAUGUUUUGAAACCUCUAUUUGGUGUAAUCAAAUUUUUAAUAAAUGAUCAUAGUUAAGAACAAAAGAUUAAAAUCGAGAUAAUAAUGGAAAAGUGAUUAAAGAAAAUAUUACAAAUGACAUUAAGCAUUAAAAUAAAACUAGUAAAAAAAUAAACAAAAGUAAUAAAAUGAAUGAUAAAUUCCUUUUUUAAUGGGAUCAAAAGAUGGGUGAUUUUGAACCAGAAUUUAUAUUAAGUUUUGAUUUAGUUCCUGAUAGUAUAGAAGUAUAUAUAAUUUAAAUUGUAGGUGUUUUAUGAAGAAAUCUUAAAACCAACAACUAUAAAAGGAGCCUUUUUUAUUUCCUAAUUUAAAAUAGAAGACAGAAUUGAUUUCUUUAUAAAAAAUUCAAACAAUCAAUUGAUUUAUUCAAAGGAAAAAGUAAAAGAAGCAAUUUUUAAUAUUGAUAUUUUAGAAAAAGGAGAAUACAGAUUUAUUUUCUAGAAUAAAAGAGUAUGAGAAUCGCUAUAAACUUAGUCAAAAUAAACCAAAACUGUUACAUUUACUCUAGAUGUGCAUGAUUCAGAAUAAGAAUUUUUGAAAAUGGCUGAUUUAGAUCCUUUAGCACUUAGAGUAGAAAGAAUAAUAAUGGCUAUGAAAGUAUAUAUAUAUAAUAUUAUAAUAAGGAUAAUUAUUUUUUUGAUAAAAUAACAGGAUAAUAAUUUGAAGGUAAUUUAUAAGAAAUCUAAAAUUCAAAUAAUAAAUUAUUACUAUUUAGUUUUAUUGAAAUUAUAGGUGUGAUCUUUAUUACAAUUUGGUAAGUGUUUUAUUUAAAAAGAAUGGUUGGCAAUCAAAGAUUAUUUUGA